UAUUUUGUCAUAGUAACGACGUCUGCAAGAAUAUCCGCUGUUCACAAUUCAAAACAGCUUUGCACGCACAUACAUACCCCCACACCAACCGUACAACAUAAUGUCAGCCAUGGAAAAUCAACACGGCGCGUACGGCUCCUUCGGCUCCGCCAACGACCGCGACCUGGUGAAGAAGGUCAACGAAUUCAACGAGAGCAAGAUCGCGCACGAUAAAGACCAGCCCUCAUCGGCGGAGAUAAAAAACGUGACGCCGACCCUCGGCGGCUCCAGCGAUAAUGGAGACGUGCAAGCGGCGGGGAGGCAAGUGUCGGAAAAGGUCGGCGAGAUGGUGAACAAGAACAAAUAGUGUACUUGGGGUGACGGUAUCAACUACGCCUGAUGCUGGUUAUGAAACGAUACUGGACCCAGUUCGAUUUAAUUUAUAAGUUCAACAAGAAUUGUGC